GCCCAUUGUCGGCAUCGGCAAGGAACAGGAUCCUUCGGCAUCCUACAUGCAAGCGCACACUGAUGGAAACUAUGCUUUGGCAUGCUGCAACGUUCUUAGGGAUGACGAGGCGUCCUUUAGCAUGCCGCACCGUCCUGUAGCUUGCCGAAGCGUCUCAAUAUCGUAUUUCUCGUCAAAACAGUUUCAGAGUUGUUACAAGCUAGUUGUGUGAGUUGUAUUUAAUAUGGUGGACUGGGAUCUAGUGCUCAUAGCAGCUCUUGCUGAAGAAGAAGAGAAAUCUAAUCAAUCAAGAAGAUUUUGGGUGAACAACCUUUGGAAGCAACGAUAUACGUCCGGUGAAUUCAACAAUUUAUUCAAUGAUUUGCGUUAUGACGUGCGAAAAUUUUAUGACUACUAUAGAAUGAGUUAUGAAAAUUUUGAAAGUCUGGUUCAUUUGCUUCGACCUUUCAUGGAGAAAAAACAAUCAAAUUUUCGCACACCUAUAUCUGUUGAAGAAAGAUUGUCUGUGUGCUUGAGGUUUUUAAUCACAGGAGUCAGUUUCAAAACUUUAGCAUUCAAUUACCGAAUGGGAUUUAGUACAGUUCGUUGUAUAGUCCAUGAAACCUGCCGUGUAAUCUGGAAUAUUCUUGGCCGUAUCGUUCUGCCAAAACCAACAACAGCACAAUGGAAGAUAAUUGCUAAAGACUUUGAUGAAAUAUGGAAUUUUCCAAAUUGUAUUGGUGCCAUAGAUGGCAAGCACUUCAAGAUACGAGCUCCAAAUAAUAGUGGAAGUAUGUAUUUUAAUUAUAAAAAAUUUUUUAGUAUCGUUCUGUUGGCUGUAGCAGAUGCUAAAUACAGAUUUGUCAUUGUCGAUGUAGGUGCUUAUGGUAGAAAUAGCGACGGUGGUAUAUUAGAUCAUUCAAAAUUGGGUUUAAAAUUGCAAAACGACACCUUAAAUAUUCCUCAAAAUGUGAGCUUACGAGGAAUAACUGAAGAAUUACCCUAUGUUUUUGUUGCUGAUGAAGCAUUUCCACUAACGAAAAAUAUAAUGAGACCGUACCCUGCGAAUCAAUUGGCAAAUAUAGAGAAAAGAGUUUUUAAUUACAGACUAAGUCGAGCAAGGCGUAUUGUGGAGAGUGCUUUUGGCAUUCUUCAAUCAAGGUUUGAAAUAUUUCAGAGGAGAAUGCAAGUACAAGCAAAAUAUAUAGAUAACAUCAUUUUAGCCUGCUGUUCUUUACAUAAUUACAUCAUUAACAAUGCAACGACGGAACUUCCAAACCCACUACAGGAAAGUGACAUUUUAGAAAGUUCCGUGGAUAACAAUGUAGUUGGCGAUACCGAUAUUAUCAUGUGCGAGGGUAUGGUCAUUAGAGAUCAAUUUAAACAAUAUUUUAACUCUGAACAUGGGUCAGUUAGUUGGCAGAAUAAUAUUGUCAAUAGAUCAUAAAAUACCAACGAUCUAUAAGUCAAUGUAAUUAAUUAUAUAUUAUAUAUACUUAUACUUAUUAUAACUCAAUAAAAAAUACAAUGUUUAUGAUGCUUACUUACGUGUUUUAUUGAAUUCUUUGGCGAUUUGCUCCCACGCAUUAUUUUUCAUGUGUUGGUCACUGUAGUGACGCGAUUUUAUAUUGUAUAAAC